CCGUCGGUCUCGACACGAGUUACCGUGACAAGUGCAUUACUUAUCGCACGUCGAGCGAGUACACAUUGGACGCGCACGUCGAGCAUUUCGACAACCGCGCAAACAAACGGCUUUUUCUCUUUCCUCGCUCCUCCGGUUUUCGUCUCUUUCUUCUCUACCGUACUCUUUCCCGACUUGUCCUCCCUUUCCCUGAGCGUUUCCCCGAGCGUUUCCCCGAGCGUUUCCCCGAGCAUUCCUGUGGUUGUUGGCUCUCGCUCGGAUAGCUUACUCUUCCCCAGCAAGGGUCGAUUCGUAUACGCGCGUGCAUCUUUCGACUGACCUGUGACAGUCGAGGAGAAGCUGCCGCAGCUCCAUACAUCAAGGGAAGAGUGGCCUGAAAGUGUGCGAGCCACGAUCAAACUUUCACAGAUUUUUGCUCCGAUCAUUAUCUAGGGGAAUCGAUUAGUUGACUGCACGAUGGCGGACGAUCAGGAAGCAAACAACACGUGUGAGGAUUCCCUUGGGCCCGGCGACGCGAACACUGCAUUCGCCAAAAAGAUUAGGGGACGAAAAGGAGCUCUGAAGAAGAAGAAUGUCUACGUCGUCAAAAAUCAUAGCUUCAUGCCGCGCUUCUUCAAGCAACCGACCUUCUGUAGUCAUUGCAAGGACUUUAUAUGGGGCUUUGGAAAGCAAGGAUACCAAUGUCAAGUCUGCAGUUUCGUCGUUCAUAAACGAUGUCACGAAUACGUGACUUUCACGUGCCCUGGCGCCGACAAGGGAGCUGACUCGGACGACACGCGGACGAAGCACCAAUUCAAGCAACACACCUACAACAGCCCCACCUUCUGUGACCACUGCGGUAGUCUUCUCUAUGGUGUCAUCCACCAGGGCAUGAAGUGCCAAGCAUGCGACAUGAACGUACACAAGAGAUGCGAGGAGAGCGUGCCGAAUCUUUGCGGAUGCGAUCACACCGAGAGACGUGGUCGUAUGUUGUUGCACAUCUCAUGUUCCGGAAACAAGCUCACCGUGGAAGUGAAACAAGGACGAAAUCUGAUUCCGAUGGAUCCAAACGGUUUGUCGGAUCCCUACGUGAAGCUGAAGUUGAUCCCGGAUUCGGACAACGUGAAGAAGAAAACGAAAACGAUCAAGUCCUCGUUGAAUCCCGAGUGGAACGAGACGAUCAUUUUCGAUCUGAAACCGGAGGACAAAGACAGACGACUUUUGAUCGAAGUUUGGGAUUGGGAUCGGACGUCGAGGAACGAUUUCAUGGGUUCGCUGUCGUUCGGCAUAUCGGAGCUUAUCAAAGCGCCUGCCAGCGGAUGGUUCAAACUUCUCACGCAAGAGGAAGGAGAAUACUACAAUGUACCUGUGCCGGAAGAGGGUGUGGAUCUGGCCGAGUUGAAGAUGAAAGUGCGAAAAACUUCGGUAACGAGGAAAACGACGACGACUCAGGACAAGGAAGUGCCACACAACAUGGGCAAGAGCGACUUAAUAAGGGCGAGCGAUUUCCACUUCCUGAUGGUGCUCGGCAAAGGCAGCUUCGGAAAAGUGAUGUUGGCGGAAAGGAAAGGAACCGACGAACUAUACGCCAUCAAGAUCCUGAAGAAAGACAUCAUAAUACAGGACGACGACGUAGAAUGUACUAUGGUGGAAAAACGCGUGUUGGCGUUGUCAAGUAAACCGCCGUUUUUGGUGCAACUACACUCUUGCUUCCAAACCAUGGAUCGACUGUAUUUCGUGAUGGAAUACGUAAACGGUGGCGACUUGAUGUACCAGAUACAGCAGUGUGGCAAGUUCAAAGAGCCCGUCGCAGUAUUCUACUCGUCGGAAAUAGCGAUCGGUCUCUUCUUUCUUCAUGGCCGAGGUAUCGUGUAUCGAGAUCUGAAGCUGGACAACGUUCUACUGGAUCAAGACGGCCAUAUCAAGAUCGCGGACUUUGGAAUGUGCAAAGAAGGUAUCAACGGAGACAAGACUACCAAGACGUUCUGCGGAACACCCGAUUACAUCGCACCGGAAAUUAUAUUGUAUCAACCAUACGGAAAGUCGGUCGAUUGGUGGGCAUACGGCGUACUGUUGUACGAAAUGUUGGUUGGUCAACCGCCGUUCGACGGAGAAGACGAAGAGGAACUGUUCGCCGCGAUCACGGAGCAUAACGUUAGCUACCCGAAAAGCUUAUCGAAGGAAGCCAGAGAAAUUUGUAAAGCGUUCCUCACCAAGAACCCGGUGAAGAGACUCGGUUGCGGAUUACGCGGAGAGGAAGACGUCCGCAGCCACGCGUUCUUCCGACGAAUCGAUUGGGAGAGGAUAGAAAAUCGGGAGGUGCAACCGCCGUUCAAACCAAAAAUCAAACAUCGCAAGGACGUGAGCAACUUCGAUAAACAGUUCACCUCGGAGAAGACAGAUUUAACGCCCACGGACAAAUUAUUUAUGAUGAACCUGGAUCAAACGGAGUUUAUGGGUUUCUCGUUUCUCAAUCCAGAAUUCGUGCAACACGUUUAAAUCGAUAGAAUAUUUAAGUCACUGGAUAGUUUUAAUCUCUCCAUUUCCUUCGACGUUCAUCUUCCGACUCUUUGCUACUCAGGGCUUUCACCGUCAUUUCUCCCUAUUUCUCUCUAUGUCUCUCUCCCUUCCGUCCUUUUCCUCGCGUCCAAUCACUUUCUCUUUUCGAUCAUUCUCCGUUGCAAAUGCAACCCGAAACUUUUCAUCUUGUAUCUUUGAAAUAAAGAUCGGGGUAGUCUGAGACGUCUGGUCGCUCGUAUCGCGCUAGUAUCGUGAAAAACGACAGGACCGGCGUGAAUAACGGAUUCGUCGAACGAAUCUGAGAUCGUAAGAAAAAGAAGGAAAAUAAACUACGAUCAUUCUCCGAGGAAACAUCGUGCUUCCUCUUGCGCUUUUAUCGAUAAUCGAGGAUAUUUCCUAAUUACGAUACUCGUUCUUCUCUCCCCCGUUUCCCUCUCCUCUGUACGUUAUCGUUAUACGUUUACUUCGGUAUGUUCUACCGUUGCCUUCCGGAAUACACAUAACACAGAAACACAGAAAUACACGCGCAUUUAUAUAUAAACGAUGCAUACCGAACAAACGAAUUAUAUUCUUACUGUCAUAUUAUCACGGUUAUUAUUAUAUAGAUAAUCUUAUAAAAAUAGUCUGAAAUUGUUAACGUUAUACGUAUUAAAUUUCCAUCCGCGUUUCGUUAACGUUAGAUACAAUUUUUCGUCUCUAUGAUCUUUACAAGUAGUUAAAGUACGUCUACGCAUAGUAUUCGAAUGUUCUCAUGCACCGGUUUUAUCUCCCAUUGAAAUUGAGAUUUCCUAGCGUUAUAAAUAUUCGAUUCAUAUUCUCCUUUCGUAUAUCUGCACUCGUUUACACUCUAACACACGUAUACACAGGUACAUGCUUACAAUUUAUACACAUGUGCCGAAACAGAAUUAUUACGCGAUACAAUCAUUCUUGUUUCCUACUGUUAACGAAUUAUAUAUCGUCGGAGCACGAACCUGACGCGUGUUUUCUUACGAAUUCUAUUAAUUCGUUCCCAGGAACGUGCUCGAUGACCACCAUAUCGGUAAUAAGACUUACGAUCGUAAAACUAAUUUCAUACCACGCGAGGGUAGGCGGUGAAUGUCGGUGAUGUUGUUACACGAGUUACAUAUACAACACAUGGUUGGACCUGCUAAAAGAUCGACGAUGCGUUUAACGAUCGCCAAGAGUACACGGUUGUUUUGCCUGUUCGAUCGGACGUUCUUCUUGUCUAGUUUAUAACCAACGUCCGUCAGAUGUUUGCUCCCGUUUCAACGUUCACCGCUCGUUGAACGUUGUCGUUGGUCGAAAGAACGGCUCUGCACCUCGAGCAACGUGUUCGCCACGUGAAUAGACCGUUCUAGACAAUGAACAUCUGUUCUCGACAGCACACACACCUCGUCACCUCUGCUUCCUUUCGUUCGUCGAUUUCGACUUUGCUCGAGAUCGUAAAACGAGCAACGCCUCGGUAUUCCCUGAUGAAACUCUUCUCGUGCCUGAAAUCCUCGCUCCAGUGAUAUACGCCUUUUCUAUCGAACUUGUUUCGGCUCGCGUCAUCGAGGACGAGAACGAUCCGACGUAAAAGGAUCGGACGAGCAUCUCGCGUACAACGUCGCGUG